AUCAAUGUCUGCUCCGGCUAUGACAGGAACCUGCUUUUUCACACCUCACAGCUCCCUUAUCUAUAUCAAAGCAUAUCUUACCAAAAAAAAAAUCCAUCUCAUAGCAGGUGAUAAAAUUGUCGCAGCCUGUAUGUGAAAUAGAGAGAAGAGUAAGCUUUAAAUUCGGCAGCAGGUGCAGCCUUACCAGAUCUAGAGAGAGAGAGAGUUAGUUUUAGUUCAAAGGCAAGAAUACACGUGAUGCUCAUGGUAAACUGGUGGCCAAACCUGACCAAACCUAUAGGUGAGGAGAGUAUUAGUCUUAAUAGUCCCACAUCGAGUGGGACAAACCCAUUCCUCAUGUGAACACCUUCUGUUAUCAGACCCGUCAUUCAGGAUGAAAAUUUACAUUAUAUGAUAGAGGGUUUUUUUUUUUCAGUUCCGUCCAAUUCUGUAUCAGGCUUGAGUCGCUUGACACCUUAUAAAUUGGAGCAGCCUUACCACACAAAUGAGAGAGAGAGAGAGAGAGAAUGGAGAGAGAAUUGUAUAAUGCCGUAGUUAGAGGUGAUAUUGAGGCCAUAGGGAGAUUUGAAUCAUCAGAACGACUGCAAGUAACGCGUCUAGAGAACACAAGCCUUCAUGUUGCAGUACAAAUAGCAUCAGCUCGUUCUGCACCAUAUGAAACCAAAGCAAAGAUCGAAGCGAUAUGCGAUUUAUGCCCAUCAUCAUCCCUUAUCGGUCGAGCAAACUCAGAUGGCGAUACUCUGCUACACAUCGCCGCAAGGGGAGGACGAUAUGACAUAGUAGAAGUACUCAUCAGUAAGUACUCUCAUGAUAUUGAGAUUGGAUCGUUACUGAAAAUGGUGAAUUUAAAGAAAGAUACGUCUUUGCAUGAAGCCCUUAAAAAUCGUCACCUUUUUGAUUGGACUUAUCAGAAGGAGUACCUUGAGGUAGUGAAGAUUUUGAUAAAAAAAGAACCAGAAUUGUCCAAUUUCAUCAAUGUAGCUAGUCAUGAAAGCCCAGUUUUCAUAGCUGCCAGGGAAGGACUGCUCGACUUCUUGCAUGUGCUCAUGAAUUCUUGCUGCUCAGAAUAUGGUGGUCCUGCCAAAAUGACAGCUUUGCACGCAGCAGUUCUUUUAAGGGAAGAUGGAGAAAAGGAUGGCUUCCUAUCAGCAAAGAAAAGAGGAAUAACAAGAAAAACAGUUUUAGAUAUCAUAACAAAAUUAAUGAAAAGCAAGCCAGAUCUCAUUGAAGAAGAAGAUGAAUUCAAGCUGACUCCACUUCAUUAUGCUGCAAACUUGAAUUCUGAUGGGAAGAUCAAGGAUUCUCAUGAGAGGGUUAAAAUGUUGCUAGAUCCAUCCCUUGUUGGUGAUCAUACAUCAGUAGUGUAUCACUCAGACAAAAAUGGCAUGACAGCCCUUCACUAUGCAGCUCUUAGAGGCAAUACUUUAUCAAUGGAUGCAUUGAUUCAAUGUUGUCCAGAUUGCUUUGAGCAGGUUGACAAUAGAGGAUGGACUACCCUUCAUUUUGCUGUGAAAGCUGGAAGUGAUGCUACCAUCAAAUAUAUGAUUACAAAGAAUGCAAAUCUUUCCAGCAUUUCAAAGUUUAUGGUGAACAAGUGUGACAAGAAUGGAGACACACCUUUACAUCUUGCUGCCAAAAUUCCAAAUCUUGAUGCAAUGAGAUUUCUUGUGGAUCUCCCUCAAGUGGACAAAAGAGCCCUAAACAAAGACAACUUGACUGCUUUGGACAUAUUUAAAGCUAAGGGAAUCGAUGACAUCUUGGAAAAGAAAUCCCUUAUAGGCAAUUUGAAGAGUAAAACAGGUAGAGUCUCUAGUCAAGCACCAAAGAUUGCUAAGAAUAAUGAGACCCAACAAGAAGGUGGAGAAGAUGAGCAGAGGAGCCCAAAGAUCCAAGACCCUAAUAGAGAAGGGCAAGAUCCAAAAAAGAAAGACAGAGAAGACAUAGGCCAAAUACGUGAAAUCCAACUGGUGGUGGCAACCCUCAUUGCCACUGUUUCCUUUGCAGCUAGUUUCACAAUGCCUGGAGGUUACAAUGGUGAUGGCCCAGACCAGGGCAUGGCAGCUUUAAACAAAAAAGCAGCUUUCCAAGCUUUUGUAAUAUCAAAUACACUGGCCAUGGCACUAUCGAGUUCUGCUAUAUUUAUCCACUUCAGUGCGACGACGACCGGAAAGUUCAUCGACCUGAAAAUUUCCACCAACAAAGCAGCUAAAUUCAUUGUCCUUGCUAACACUGGAAUGGUAGUAGCAUUUGUGUGUGGUACAUAUCUAGUUCUAGCCAACAACAAACCACUAGCCAUCUCCACAACUGUUCUUGGCUGCUUAUUUUUCCUUGUUGUAGGGGGAAAACUAUUAACUAGCAUUUUUAAGUAUUGUAUUAAUCCUAUACUCUGUAAUAUUAUUAGUCCUAUACUCAGUAAUAUUAUUGGUCCUAUACUCUGUAAUAAGUACUGGGGUGUAAUGUAUUUUGUUUGUUGUUUUCCAAUUUGCCACCUUUGCCAAAAGUGUAAUAAUAAGAAGUCAAAGGAGAAGGACAAGGACAAGGAGAAGCCAGUGGAGGAGAAGAAUCCUUCACAGAGUCCUGCAGAAGAUUCAAUGUAAGGUUUAAGAAUGGAAUCUGCACUUAAGUUAUGCUAUUUGUACAUCUUCUUACUAUUGCUUGUAAAAGUUGUUAUGUAAUAUAUGGUUUUUUUUUUUUUAUUUAUU